AUGGCGGCGAAGGGCCUCCUCCGGUUCCUGGUCGCCUUCCUCCUCCUCGUCGGUUGCCUCGGCAGGCCCGAGCCACCCUCCCCAGCACCGUCGUCGGCGCCGAGGACGGUGGACGGCAUCACGGCAAUAUACAACUUUGGGGACUCUAUAUCGGACAUGGGAAACUUCAUCCGGGAAGGCGCCGUGGGGAUGAUGGAGCGCACCGGUGGGCUUCCCUACGGCUCAGCCAUCGGCGGGGCGACUGGGCGUUGCUCGGAUGGAUACCUCAUGAUCGACUUCCUCGCCAAGGAUCUCGGACUGCCGCUUCUUAGCCCGUACCUCGACAAGGGCGCCGACUUCACCCACGGCGUCAACUUCGCGGUCACGGGCGCCACCGCCCUCGACACGGCGUCCCUCUCGAAGAUGGGGGUGAACAUGGCCCACACCAACAGCUCCCUGAGCGUGCAGCUCCAACGGUUCAAGGAUUUCAUGGCCAACACCACGAAAUCCUCUACGGAGAUGCGCGAGAAGCUGUCGAAAUCGCUGGUCAUGGUGGGCGAGAUCGGCGGGAACGACUACAACUACGCAUUCGCCACGAACCGCCCUGAGGCCAACAACAGCGGCCUCUACAACAUCGGCCACAUGCUGACCGGCGCGGUGGAGUCGCUGGUCCUCGUCCCGCAGGUCGUCAACUCCAUCACGAGCGCCGCCAAGGAGCUGCUCGACAUGGGCGCCACGCGGGUGGUGAUCCCGGGCAACUUCCCGCUCGGGUGCGUGCCGAGCUACCUGAGCACGGUGAACGAACAGGACAAGGCCUCCUACGACGGCAACGGCUGCCUCAUCGGCCUCAACCUGUUCGCGCAGAUGCACAACGUGCUGCUGCAGCAGGGCAUCCGCGAGCUGCGCCGCAUGUACCCGUCCGCGACGAUCGCCUACGCCGACUACUUCACCGCCUACGUGCAGAUGCUCAGGAGCGCGUCAACGAUGGGCUUCAACGCGACGUCUGCGUUCAAGGCAUGCUGCGGCGCCGGUGGUGGCGCGUACAACGUCGACCUGGACAGGAUGUGCGGCGCGACGGGAACAACGGUGUGCGCGAGGCCCGAUGAGUACCUCAGCUGGGACGGCGUCCACCUGACGCAGCACUCGUACGAGGUGAUGGCCGAGCUGCUCUACCACAGAGGCCUAGCGUCCCCAGCGCCAGUCAAGUUCCCGCGUCAGUAG